GCUGUCAGUGCGCCGCGGCCCGCGCUCCUCGCUGGUCCAGUCCCGCCGUCAGUGCGCGCCUGGCUCCCUCCCGCGCGCCGCGUCCGCACAAACAAAACACAACACCGGUGUUGGAACUACGCUCGUGCAUAAUACUCUCGUCUUUUUACAAUUUUGUGACUGAAAUAGUCGGCGCAGGAAGCCGCAGUGCAAGUGAAGUGUAAGUUCAGUGCGGUGAAGGGGAAAAGUUUACAAUACUUGGAGGAGUUCGCGACAUGCUCUAGAUAAUAGGUCCCCUGGGCUCCAACAUGGCGUACUCGUACCGCUGCGGCCCGACGGCCGCGCUGAGCAACCGCACGUCCUGGGGCCCCGUGUCCUCCCCCUCCGUCGACCCCAAGACCUUCGAGCGCCCCCUCUCCGGCAACUACGACCGCAUCUUCAACGCCUUCGAGCGAACCAACGCCUUCCAAUACGUGAGGAACACGUUCGAGCAGACGAAGGAAGAGGACAGACAUAUGGGGAGUGCUGAUGUGGUGGUGAAUAGGAAGAUGAGCAGUAGUUUUGAGCGUGCGGACUGUAGUCUGGCGGCGCAGAGCCCGGCGCUGGAGGAUGAAGACUUCUACCGGGAGAAGAUCCUGUACUCGCAGGCGAGGCAGCUGUUCCCGCUGCAGGAGGAUCUGGCUGACUGGAUCAAUAAGACUAUUGGCAUCUCGUACCUGUCCGGGGAGAACUUCCUGGACGUGCUGGACAACGGCGUGGAGCUGUGCCAGCUGGCGGCGACCAUCCACGACCGCGCCCGGGACGCCCUGGACAAUGGACUCCUUGUGGGGCCGGUGCCGCAGAUCCGCGGGCGCUGCUGGCAGCGCGCGGCGCGGCGCAGCUUCUUCUCGCGGGACAACACGGAGAACUUCCUCACCUUCUGCCGCGAUCUCGGCGUGCACGAGAACCUGCUGUUCGAGAGCGAUGACUUGGUGCUACACAACCAGCCGCGGCAGGUGAUCCUGUGCCUGCUGGAGGUGGCGCGGCUAGCGACGCGCUACGGCGUGGAGCCACCAGGGCUGGUGCAGUUGGAGAAGGAGAUCGCGGCCGAGGAGCGCGACUCCGGCCUGCACUCCGCGCUCAGCGACGCCGCCUGGCAGUUCCGAGACUCCUCGCCCGAGCCCAUGAGGGAGAAAUCUAUAGCAGCGCCACCUCCAUCGUCACCAGAACCCGAUGACAGAAACGCCUCUUCUGGUGUGGAGGACACUGAUGACGCCAAGUCGGAGGGCACCGUGGACAGCAGUGACUCGGACGUGCCGCUCAAACCCACCAACGAACUGGACAAGAGGGUGCAGCUGGUGACCCGUCUGAUGGAGCGCGGCUGCUCGUGCGGCGCCGGCAGGUGCUCCAAGCUGCUGAAGGUCAAGAAGGUGGGCGAGGGCCGCUACAACAUCGCCGGGAGGAACGUCUUCAUACGGUUGCUGAAGGGCCGGCACAUGAUGGUGCGCGUGGGCGGCGGCUGGGACACGCUGGAGCACUUCCUGUCGCGCCACGAGCCGUGCCAGGUGCGCCUCGUGACGCAGGGCCGCCGCGGGGGCGCCCUGCUGCCCCUGCCCCCGCCCCCCGCGCCCCUGUCACCCGCCGCCUCCACCGGGAAACUCUCCCCGACACCCUCUAGCGGAAAACUCUCACCAGCACCUUCUAGUGGAAAACUCUCACCUAUCAGCAAAGCUUCCUCAGGAAAAAUCUCACCCGUAGACCGCGCCCUCACCCGCUCCUCCACUGUCUCACCCGUGCAAAGCUCUAGAGCUUCCACCACCUCGCCCGUCAGUCGGAAGACUUCUUCCGGAAAAUCUUCUCCGUUAGAUAAUAGACGGACUUCCACGCCGAAGCCGUCUACAGCGAAACAGCGCUCGGCUUUGACGCUGCCUCUGAAGGAUGCUGACAAAGUGCGCCCGCGCAAGCAGUCGGCCCCGGCCGGGUUCAGCCCGCGCACGCCGCCCGAGCCCCGCCCAGCCCUCAACCAACCCAAGAAGUCCCGUUCAAUGAGCCUGGCUCCCAGCGAGACCAAGUUCUGCGGCUCCGAGCGCCUCAACAAAGCCCGUAGCCUCGCCGCCACGCCCACCGACAACCCGCGCAAGACCCGCAGCCAGAGCGUGGUGACAACCCCCGUGACUGACGCCAAGAAGUCCUUCUGUGGGACGGACAAACUCAACACCAUGGCGAAGAAAACGCGAAGCGCCAGUCUCGCUACCACUCCUCUAGGUUUCCGACCGCUCAACAAGAGUGUAUCCGCGACUCUUCCCGGCGUCACUCAAGCAGCUAUAGAGGAGAGCAUCCGACUGUCACUAGCGGCAAGCAUAGCGGAUGAGAGUUCCAAGCCCUUCCUCCACAUAAAAGCCAAGUACCGUAGCCCGCCGCCGCGGGAGGUGCCUCCCAGAUAAACCAUUCCACUAGUUUUAACGUUUUGACUAAGUUUAUCGUUAUUGGGCGUCUAAAGUGCAAUUAAGUUGUAAGUUCGUAGUGUAGGCGAGGUAGAUCUCUUAACCUAGAAAUCUCAUGUAACUACCGUCAUUAUUUUAUUUUAGUAUUACUCGGUCGAGGGGGUUGGAUGUGGCGGGCCGCAGUGCGAGAGAGUAGAAAAGUAAAACAUCUACGAUUUUGAACCCACUUGUUAGUGAUAGUUGUAGGUAUCAUGAGGGUAUGAAAUAGAGCAUGUUUUCUAACGAUGAUAACAUCCUGACAACUGGUUUGUUCGGGAUAGUCUUAAUAAAAUGAGUGUAUGUGGAAAAGUUAAAGAAAAUGUUCUAUUCUACAUAUAACUCAACCUUAUAAAUAAGAGUUAAUUUAAGUUGUAAGUAAUAAAUAUCGUCAUCUCCAUUUUUAAGAGACUAGUCAUAAAGGUUUUUUUAAGUUAAAUAAGAAAUCACGAUAAUUUGGAAUGCAAUAAUGAAUAUGGUUUAUGAUAUUAUUUUUGAUUAUUUAAUUUCUGUUUGAUUAUUUCCUUAAUUGGGUGCGCUAGAUUCUGUAAAUUAUUUCCAAGUUGUGUCUUCAACUCUUCAGUCUUGCUUGACUUCGCCCUUAGAAAUAAUUUUGGUUCAAGAUUUAUGUUCUAAAGUUAAUUUUAUGUUAUUUUUAUUUGCAAUGCCAUUAUUUCGAUUAUGUUACAAUUAUAAUUGAUUGACAAUAAAAAAAUCUCAAUUUAA